CCAUAGAUCGGUUCGGAACCCCUGUCACUUUUUUUUGGGUAAAACCCCCCCCCCCCCCAGGAAACGAGUCUACCUCAGCCUUCCUCGACACCAUGGCCAGGACCCUAGAAAAGACUAGGAAAAAGAUUGCGAAGAAGAGAAACGGCGCUGUUGAAGCCCUCCAUGAGUUUUCCAGAGACUCCAAGAGACUCCGUCGCGCGACAGUGAGGGACCAGAAGCUUGAAAAGCUUGCUUCGUCACGGAGCAAGAAGGAGCAGCCCCUUCUCGAACGAGCAACCUACUUUCAGGAUGCCCUCAAAGAAAGAGGGACCGUGCCUCUAGAUAUCUCCACGAUUCAGACACUCAUAAACGAUUUUGUGCACAAGUAUGACGAAGAACACGAAGAAGUCAAGAAGACUCGUCGCCCAGGAAGACCCCCCAGCGCGAAACAGGAUCUUUUAGAAAUGAGGAUUAAGGCUCUCCUGGAGGAACAGAAGCAGGGAUUCUUCGUCCCGGAUCUCACGACGGAAGACAACGUUCGGACAUUCGACCGCUGGGAAGGGUCCUGGUCAUACCUGACCACAGUGUCUUGGGUUCGUGUGGCUGCUGAUAAGACCGUUAAGCCUUCGAGCUUCCCACCAGUGUGAUGAGACCUACCACCUACGUUUCCCGUGCUGGGCCGACAUCCGUCAGAUAUGGGCCAUUCUCGCGGAAGCAUCGACCUGUGGCGCGCCGAGCCACGAUUCAGCUGCGCCUUUUGCCCACCGAUCGAACUGGGGAAUUUGGCAGGCCUGGGCGCGCCGGUACCGCAUCACAGCGAAGGGCUAGUGCGUUGCUGAAAGUCAUCCCUGGUUCCAGCCUGUUGUCGAGUCUAAUGGCCUGUCAUUUCGCUAUGG